CACUCAUCGCCUCCCGAUAUCCCAUUCAUGACUCCUCCUGCUCUCCCUCCUGCUGAGAGCGGCUCGGGGGACGCGGACCAAUCAGACUCUGUGUCCUUGAAGAGUUCAAGGUCAGAGACCUCAAUCACAUACGAUUCCUCGCCGCAAGAUCUCCGCAAUAUUCUCAAGACCGGGUGGCUGCUGAAGAAAGUGGAUAAGAAGGAGAAGAAGUUUCCCUUCGGUCGGGAGUACCAGAAGAAAUUCUGCGUCAUCUCGGGAAAUGCGCUUUGCUGCUGUGAGAAAGAGUCGGACAUGAAGGGCGCAGUUACGAUCUCGCUGGACGGAUAUGAGGCAAGAGACGUGGAUAUGAUGAGCGACACGCGCAAGUCAGAGCUCAAGUUUGACCUUGUCAGCCCUGGCAAGGUCACGUACACG